AUGUCGCGCCGGAUGCGGGGGUGUAUUUUCAAGUUUUUUUUGUCCGACAGGCUUGGUAUUGCGUGUUACAACGCCGGAACGCAACAGCUGGUGACGACGGAAACCUGGGAAGAGUCAGCGUCAGGAGAAUUUCCAACUAUACAGCUGUUAAAAUUCCAGGAGCAGCCAACAGUCAUAAUCGCAAGCACUAAAUCAGACAAGGCCUUUCUUAAUGCCUUGACAACACCAGUUGAGGAAGGUGGAAGCAUUUUUUUUGUGAAGACUGUUAAAAGCAACCUUUUCAGUUAUGAGCACGCUCAGAACAGACUUACGUUCUUACAGUGGAGCGGCAUGCCCCAGGGGUUGAAUGCAACUCAGAGGUUGCAACUUCUCAACACCAAGAUCAGGCUGGAGGACGAUGUGCAAGUCAGAGCACUGGGUGCUCUGCUCACGGUACUUCAGCACGAAAUGAUAUUGGACAAUGUUGAGGUCACUGACAAUGACGGAGACUCUACUUCUCUUGGAGUUCGGAUAGGCAGCAUUUCCCAACUGAAUUUGUACGUCAAUAAACACGACUUCAUUAUCUUAAAAAAAACUGUUUCUAACCUCUUUCCUCUUGUUUUUCCUUUUCUUAACAGAGAUGGUUUUUUGUCAGUGGACGCGUGGACCCUAAACAGCUUGCAGAUAUUUCAGAGCGACAAGCAUCCCAGCCCUAUGGGCAUCGGCAAGACUAAAGAAGGAUUCUCUGUGUUUGGAUUGCUGAAUAAGUGUGUGACAGCUGGAGGACGAAGCAUGCUUAGGAUGUGGUUUCUGCGCCCAAUUGUGGACUUGCAAGUGAUUCAAGAUCGACAUCAAGCAAUAUCAUUCUUGUCAUCCUUUUCCGAGCUGCUCACAUCUCUGCACUCUUUCCUUCAACAUGUGAAGGACAUUCCAAAACUGUUGAUGAAGUUGAAAUCAGCAACCACAAUCGUUACCCGUAAGGACUGGCUUCAGCUACUUGAGUCUGUGAGCUACCUGCUUGAAGUCCGCGAAGUGUUUGAAGUUACUGUAGCACAGUGGCAAGCUGAGAAAAGUAGCAACUCUGCCUUUCCCCUUAUCCCAAAGGGAACUUUAGUUGCAGAUGGUGUAGGUCUCCUUUGCUCCACACUUGGGUUCAUGGCAGCUCAACCGAUUCCACCCAAGCUACUGGUUUGCACCCACUUCAGCGAAAUCAUGAAUCAAAACCUCCUGAAUCCUUCUGCACAAAUUACAUUCUGCACCAUGGCUAUAUUGGAGCAACCUGAAACUGUUGAAGGGUCAAACGAAAUCACAUUUCUGUACCGCCUUAAACCUGGCCGUAACCUAGACAGCCAUGGAAUACACUGUGCUCGUCUAGCAGGACUUCCUCCAGCCGUGCUUGAACGCUCUCGUGAAAUCCAAUCCAAGAUUCAGGCGGGAAUACCUGUUGAAAGGCUGUCUAAUGCUCGCACAUCUGGGAGGGAUAAAUGCUACAAGAACCUUGUGGACAGGCUACUCAGCUAUGACUUCAACUCUGCAAAUGCGAAGGACUUCAUUUCAACAUUGCCCCUUACAAUCCAGGCCGAGCCGGUCUGA